AACUUAAAAUGUGGCCCUCACAAGCUUCUUCUGGUGUUAGUAACAGACCUUUUACCAUGAGCAAAUCUACUCCAGCAACAGAUAACCAGAAGAAAAAAAGUAAAAGAAACAGAUUGACAUGUCCCCCUUCACGUGUCCUUCAUAUUCGUCAAAUUCCAAAUGAUGCUACUGGAGCAGAAGUUAUUUCUUUAGGUCUCCCUUUUGGCAAAGUAACCAAUCUCUUGAUGCUAAGAGGAAAAGGUCAGGCAUUUUUGGAAAUGGCUUCCAUAGAUGCUGCUGUUUCUAUGGUGAACUCUUACAGACUUGCUCCACCUUUCCUCCACAAUCAGCCAGUUUAUAUUCAGUAUUCCAAUUACAAGGAACUUAGGACUGACAAUCAACGUAAUCAGGCUAGACCCCAAGCUGCACUGCAAGGUGUGAAUGGUGUGCAGCAUGGAAACCCGGGUGUUACAAAUGCUCUUGCUGCUGAAGGUGGGGUCCUUCCAAGUCAUGGUUCUGUUCUUCGAAUGAUUGUUGAAAAUGUUUUUUACCCUGUCACUUUAGACAUGCUGCAUCAGAUUUUCUCUAAAUAUGGCUUUGUUUUGAAGAUUGUCAUGUUCCAUAAGAACAAUCAAUUUCAAGCUCUGCUCCAAUAUGCUGAUGGAAUAAGUGCAUAUUAUGCCAAAAUGUUUCUGGAUGGCUGUAGUAUCUACAUUGGAUGCUGUACUCUGCGUAUUGAUUUCUCCAAGUUAACUAACCUCACAGUGAAGUACAACAAUGACAAAAGUAGGGAUUUCACUCGCAUUGACCUUCCUUUUGGUGAUGGCCAACAAACAUUUGAGACAUCUUUAUCUACUCCCGUUGCCACCCAAAAUACCAUCUUUACAUCAUGUACAGGGCCUCCUGGGUUUGCCCCACCCUUGAGCUUUCCUCAGGGAGCAGGUCCUUCUGUUCCACCUGUUCCUGGAGCACUUGGUCCUCUCACGGUCACCACAUCAGCAGUGCCUGGACACAUGACUGUUCCUGGUAUUCCAGGAAACUCUGUUUUACUAGUCAGCAACCUCAACCCUGAAGCCAUCACACCUUAUGGACUUUUCAUCCUAUUUGGUGUGUAUGGUGAUGUGCAUCGUGUGAAGAUCAUGUUUAAGAAAAGAGGAAUUGCUUUGGUUCAGAUGGCUGAUGCAACCCAGGCUCAAUUAGCUAUCAACUACCUGAAUGGACAGAGGCUUUAUGGAAGGGUCAUGCAUGCUACCCUUUCAAAAUAUCAGACAAUUCAACUUCCUCGUGAGGGGCAGGAGGACAAAGGUCUGACAAAGGACUAUAGCAAUAGCCCUUUACAUCGCUUUAAGAAUCCCUGCUCUAAGAACUUCCAAAAUAUCUUUCCUCCAUCUGCCACCCUGCAUCUCUCCAACAUUCCGCCUUCUGUUACUGAUGAUGAUUUGAAGAAUCUUUUUACAAGUAAAGGAUCUACUGUGAAAGGCUUCAAGUUUUUCCAGAAAGAUUGCAAAAUGGCUCUUAUCCAGCUGGGCUCUGUGGAAGAAGCAGUUCACGCUCUCAUUGAGCUUCACAAUCAUGACUUUGGAGAAAAUCAACAUCUCAGAGUUUCCUUCUCAAAAUCUUCAAUCUGAAUUUUCUGUGAAUUUUCCCUUUAAGGCUGCACAAUGGUUUUAGUAAAAUCUUCAAAUAGAGACUGAGGCAGUUGUGACCAGCUCUGUCUCUUGAAAGAAAAACCUCAUUCAUACACAAGUGAUGAUUUAUUCUGAUUCUAGCUGGAAGCAUGUCAUCCAUAUAAAGAUUCUUCUGUGAAAUACUUUCAGCAACAAUAUUUAUCAUUACAUUUCCUACUUAAAAUUUUAUUUUGAGAACAUCCUUUCAGUUUUUGUUUGAAAUCAGCCUUACAAAAUAAUUGAGUGCUUUUACGAUGUACCAAACAAGCAUGUUUAAUGAAAAGGUAAAUCUACUCUGUGCAGAUUAAACACUAAUUUGAAUGUGAAAUAGUGUUUGGGUUUCUUGAGGAAAAGCAAACAGUAACUGUGAGUAUCCUCUAAAAGUAGUAUUUAUGUUACCAGGGUGUGUGUUCAUACUUUGGUGAACCUUUACAAAUAGCUUGUUUAUAAAAAUAAAAAGUCUGUGCUGUUCUUAUAGAUUAAAUUAUUAGAGGAAAGGCAGUGCCUUCUCUCUGUGGAAUAAAAGGUAUUUGACAAGUUUCUUCAAGGUGUGUUAUUGGAUAAUUAGUUUGACUUGACUGUAGGUUGGAAGCUUGAUGUUCUAUUUCUACUAUGAAGUGAUGUGCAACAGUACCUGGGAGAAGAUAAAACAAGCUUAUGGUCUUGAUUUAAAAUAUUUUUUUUACAUUUCUCUAAAUAAUGAAUAUUUGCAGUCUGAUG